GUCAAAUACAAAUAGGCAUAAACUUCAAUAGAAAUAGAAGAAAAGAAAAGAAAAGUUAGAAUUAGCAUUCCCUUCUGAAUUCCAAUUCCAUCUCCCCAUUCCAAACAAACAACUCUUCUUCGAUUUUGUCUCAGAAUGGCUUUAGGUGGAGGUCCCCAGAGAGGAAGUGCGGCAGCUACUGCCAGCAUGCGCAGGAGAAGAACAACAAGUUCUGGUACAUCUGGAGGUGCAGCUGGAACAAUGCUGCAGUUUUACACGGAUGAUGCUCCUGGACUCAAGAUAUCCCCCAAUGUUGUUCUCGUCAUGAGCAUUGGUUUCAUUGCUUUUGUUGCCGUUCUCCAUGUUAUGGGUAAGCUGUACUUCGUGCGAAGAGAAGCCUAGAGGGUUUUCCCCUGAUAAAAGUGUGAUGCAUAUUUAAAUUCAUUGUGGCAAAAGUUUAAUUUUGAACUGAACUCUCGUUUGUCAUUACAGUCAAAACUAAUUUCGAUUUUGUUACUAGUUAGAAUGAAAGAGCUUUUCUGUUCUCUAAA